GAUCGAACAACUGAGUUGGCGGCGUGAUGGAUCCUUCAGAAGCUUCAAAGUAUCUUGCUGAGCUUCCCUCUCGCGGCCUAUUUUCAUCCACUCUCAUGUCUUCCAACAUGGGUGGGAUGCGGGUUUAUAUUUGUGAUCAUGAUACAUCACCUCCAGAGGGCCAACUGAUAAAGACAAAUCAAACUAACAUACUAAGUAGAACUCUUAGGCUUAACAAGAGAAAGUUCGGUCAAUCAAAGGAUGUAAAAGGCACAACUUCAAAUGAAGAUUCAAGAAAGAGGCUUAGAGAAAGAGUUGAAUCCUACUAUGGAAGAACUAGUAACAAGGACAUGAAAAACGCCCAAAAUUCUUCUUGUGAAGGAGGUUUAAAAACCCGUGUGCUUGAUAAGGAUUUGCAUAAUUUGACAAUGGAAAGGCUUCGUGCACUCUUGAGUGAGAAUGGUCUUUCACCAAGAGGAAGAAAGGAUGAGCUUAUUGCACGUUUGAGGGCCGAGAACCUAUGAACCAUUGGACUUCCAAGUUUUAGGAGAAGAGACAGGAACUUUUUUUUUGCAUUUUUAUGCCAACUUUCUUAUCAUGUCUUGUCCCAUGUAAAUUGGGUAAAUUGCAUUGUCUCCAUAUUUUACUUCAACAUUCUUACUACUGUGUUUUUAGUUUUUACAGUGUAGUACAUUUUGGCUUAGAUUGAUAUAGUUCUUUUCAGGAUUUUUAC